AUGGCGGACAGGGCUGAUGACAUCGCGAGGGAUCUCGCAAGCCAGCUGCGUCACAAGUGUGCAACAUUCUCGCACUCUACACUUGCUUUGGAUAAAAGUACGGAUUCAUCCGAUAUGGCGAAGCUGACUAUAUUUGAGCGCGGCACCGACGAAGACAUGGGCGUCCUGGAGGAGCUGCUCGACCUCUAUCGCCUUGAGUGGAACAAGUACGUGGGGCUGGCCACCGACGGCUGCCCAUCUGUUUGUGGGGACAAGAAAUAUGGCUUGGUGGCGCGUCAGCGGGUGCACUUGAAAAGUCUGGGCCUUCCCUCUGACUUCCCCCAUUUUUACUGCAUCAUUCACCAGGAGGCCUUGUGCGCCAAAUCGUUUUCUGCAGAUGAGGUCAUGAACGUUGUGAAGGCGGUGAAUAAAAUUCGCGCGCAGGGGCUGAACCACCGGCAAUUUCGUGCUCUCCUGGAGGAAGUUGGUGGCGAAUAUGAGGAUAUUCCCUACUACAGUAAAGUCCGCUGGCUCAGCAGAGCAAAGGGGAAGGGUCAUGUAAUUUCAGACAUGAUGCAAGCUGUGCAGGGCUUUGAAAUGCGCCUCUCAUUGUUCGAGGAACAAUUACGGAAAGGGGAACUGUUCCAUUUUGAAUCGUUGAAACCUUUGUCAACUCCAUUCACUCAAGUAGAUCAAAACAAAUAUGUAAACACUGCAAAAAAAAUGAGAAUUGAAUUUGCAGAUAAUUCUCAAGAUGUACGUAAAAUGCAAACUGGGAUUUCGCUCAUUAUAGUCCCAUUCCCAAUGCCCCUUCGUGAAGUGCCUUUGCCUCUUCAAAAUGAAGUAAUAGAUCUGCGCUGUGACAAAGUGCUUGAAGUUCGAUUCCAGUCUCGGCUGACAGAUAAGCACCUCAUUGGACAACUGAGGGUGAUGGCUCGCAGUAGUCUGCAGCCUGACUUUAAUAAUUUAAUUCUGGAGAAAAAUGCUCAAGUUUCCCCUACUGAUUGA